UACAUUUCUUAGAAAUUUUAAACACUCACUAAAUUAUUUCCUAGGUUCUACGGAGAAUAUACUAAAGACAUAAAGGACAAUUUGGAGAGAGGAACCGCAGUCUGAUUGUUUGAUCAAUUUCUUGAUCGAUCCAUAAGUAAUUCAUCAAUUCAUGCAGCAGACUUAUACAGCUAUUCGAUUUAGCUGAACCACAUUCAAUAUAUGUUAUUGUAAAAUACUGAAGAAAAAAAACAUUUUUUUUGUGAUAAAUGUUAAAUUUUAGAUUGUAGCUAAACGCUCGACUAUCUAUUGUGUACCGUCGUUAAGUAAAUAAAAUUUCAUAUUUUGAUUUCAUUUUAAUGUUUAGUUUUAAUGGAAAAUGUUUUCAGAUUAAACAAAUCAAAAUGGCUUCCAGCCCCUCCAGUAAAUCUAGGUCUAGAUAUAGGUACCGAACCAGAUCAAGGUCCUACUCCCCCCUCUACAAGGAACGAAGGUCCAAAUCCCCGAUGUCCAAAAGGAAGCGGCAUAUUGGAACCAGGGAACAGCCCGGGAAAGCCAAGUGUCUGGGUGUAUUCGGAUUAAGUCUGUAUACGACUGCAGAGGAACUUGAGGCAGAAUUUGGAAAGUUUGGUAAACUAGAAAACUGUCGGAUAGUUGUGGACAAGAAGACCCAAACUACCAGGGGGUUUGCUUUUGUAACCUUUGAGAGGCUUGAGGAUGCUAUUGCUGCAAAGAAAGCUAUGCAUGAUUCAGAAGUAGACGGAAAGCGGAUACGUGUUGAUUAUUCCAUUACAAAACGUGCGCACACCCCAACCCCAGGAGUAUAUGUAGGCAGACCGGCAGCUGCUUAUCAGAGAAGAGAUGGGGAGUACAGAUACCGUAGAUCCAUCAGUCCUAUAGCUGGUCCUAGAUACAGGUCUCCUAGUCAUAGUCCUUCAGAUCAUCGUACUAGACGCAGAAGAUCAAGAUUAAGAAGAUCAAGGUCUAGAAGCUUCAGAAGAUCAAGGCCUGGAAGUAACGGAAGAUCAAGAUCAAGAUCAAGUAGACAUUAUAGAUCAGAAUCAAAAAGACACAACAGAUCACCAGAUUUAGGAUAUAGAAGAUCAAGAUCAAGAGAGAAAAAUCGAUCCUUUGGAUCCAGAGCAGAUAUAAUAUCAACUGUAAGGUCAAGAUCAAGAUCUAGAGGAUAUUCUAAAUCAAGUUCGAGGAUGGAAGUGGGCAGCUAGGACAUGGUUUCUGGCCUUCAGUUGAACACAAUGUACCUAUAUUUGAUCAAGAAAUUAUAAAAUUAUUUCGUU